CGGCUGUGCGUGUGGCGCUGCUCUUUUUGUUGACGCUUGUGGUUGCGGCGGCGGCGUGGAUGCCCGCUGUGCACGCGGUGAUGUUGCGACUGCGGGGCUGUACGGUGGACAGAGCCAUCACGGUUGGCCGCGCCGUGGACACGGUGCUGAUGGACGGCGUGUCCAUCACGAACGGCGUGGCUGUGGUUUUCGACGUGCCGGCGAUGCUUCCCGGCGCGCUGCGCAUCGAACUGAGGAACUGCGUGUGCUACGGCGGUGCGCAGAUCUACGUGCGGGGCUACAGUGGCGAGCCGGCGAGUGACCGGAGCCUGGAGGUGAGCGUGAGCGGGCUAUCCGGGAGCUACUGCUCGCUUGUGUUUGUGCACAACCUGCCGGCACACACGAACGUGACGGUCCGUGACUCGACGAUUGUGACGGCGGGGCCGAUGCGCUACUCCCAGCUGAGCGGACUGACGGACGCGGUGGCGGCGCCGCUUGUGAUGCACGCGACCUCGCUGUUGCAGUCGCAGUUGCGUGUGAGUAACACUGUGCUGAGGUCGUUGCAGGCGGGCGGGUCGGCGGUGUACGUUGGCGGCGGCGUGGACCUGCUGUCGAGCGCGGUGGUGUUUGACGGCGUGUUGCUGGAGGCGUCGGCCGGUCCGACCGCGUCCGCGAUGCAUGUGGCGUCCUCGUCGAUUCUCAGUCUGCGGAGCCACUCGGUGUUCUCCGUGACGAACGUGUCGGUUGUGAGCAGCGGCGGCGGCAUUGUGCUUGGAGAGCGCCUCGCGGUGUCUGAUUCGGUGCUGCGCUUUGUGGGCGUCGAGGGGUUUGUUGCGUCGUCGCUGGUGCGCUGCGACGGUGGGACGAUCGGUGACGGCGGGUGGCUGGAGCUGCGCGACGUGUGGGCGGUGGGCGAGACGUCGUCUGUGGCGUCGCUGUCGGGUGUGACGCUGAGCGGCGGCGCCGUGUCGAUUGCGCGCUGCGCUGCCACUGGCGUUACGCUUGUCGCCGGGCCGACGAUCACGAGCGGUGCCGUUUCGGUGCAGUGCAACCGUGCCGGCGGCCGGGUGCUGCAGAGCGGCGGCGACUACCGCAUGGCCGGCCUGCCCUCCGUGAGCGUGGUUCCGUGCGACGGCUGUGCGGCAGCGCUGGCGUGCUUCGAUGCGCUGACGGCGUCGUUCUCUGACUGCGUGUGCAGCUGCCGCGACGGUGGUGUGGGCGAGGCGUGCCUGCCGUUCGACGUGCCGCCUGCGAGGUUCGGCGGCGGUGGUGGCGGUGCGCAGGACUGCGUGAGUGGCGUGACGCUGACGGAGUCCGUGACGGUUGGCGGCGGGCGGGCGACGGCGUGCUUCGACUCGGUAAUGUUCAGCGGACCAAUCACUGUGGCGGUGGACCUGCGCUCGAUGGACGCGUUCGCUGACGCGCUGAACGUGACGCUGCGCCACUGCGUGCUUGCGGGCGGCGCGCAGCUGCGGAUUGGCGGCCUCAGCGAGGGCACGUCGCGCCUGAUGCCCCACGCCCUCGUCAACAUGACGAACGUGACGUCGCUGGAGGGCACGAUCGUGCUGCAUGGCGCGAUGCCGCAGCACUCGAGUGUGCUGCUGGCGAACUCAACGCUGCGCGCGACGGUUGGCGGGUCGCAGUACGUGCCGACGACCCCUGGCCACGAGAGAUCCCGGUACGGCCCCGCGCUUGUCCUGGACGGUGUCCGGCUUCUGUCGACGCGGAUUGUCAUGACACGGUCUAUGCUGGCGUGUGGCGGGGGCUCGUGCGCUGCGAUCCUCUUGGAGCGCGGCCUCGGUGUGAACCUGUCCAGCGUCUUCUACAUGGACAGCUGUGCUGUCCUGUCGCGGACGCACGUGAUUUACUCUCUUUCGUCGGAACUGCGCGUUGUUAGCGGCUCUGUGUUCUCCAUACAGAACAGCUCGUGGAUUGCGCCGAGCAUUGAAAUCUACAAAGGCGCGUGUGUGGUUGGGGAUGUUGUUGUGGAUGGUGGCAGCGUGCUGCAGGUUGUGUCCAGCACUUUCCGUCUAGGCUUCGCCAUGCUCAUGGCAAACUCGCUGACUGUGACUGACGGCAGCUGGCUGGUGCACCGCGACAACGAGUUCCGCACCGCCUACGUUGUGUACGUGAGCAACCACUACGGCAUUGCUUUUUGUGAUCGGAGUGUGUGGUCGAUACUUGACAACAACUUCACGUACGGCUCGUACUUGUCAACAACUGUAAGUAUGACAAGCAACUGGUCACCACCAUCCGACACGCGCCCGACCAUCUACGGCGUGUGCAACGAGCUAAGGGGCUCACCUGUGACGGAUUACCAAGAAGAGCUCAAUAUUGGGACGCCCGUGACGGUGUUGGACUGUGGUGCGUGCACCGUGGACGCCGUGUGCUUCGCAGCGAGGACUAGCAGCAUCAGCGGCUGCGAGUGUGAGUGCGCUGCUGGCGGCCACGGUGACACGUGUCUGCCAGCAGCGGUUCCGGACGGCCUUGGACCGCUUCCGCUCCCCGACGCGAAGGACACGGAGGUCCGCUGCGUUCACGGUGGCAGCAUCAGCUCUUUGGACGAUCCUGAUCCCGGUGUGUGUGGUCUGUGCUUUGUCAACGUGACCUUCACCGCCGCGAUCGUGCUGGACCUGUUGCAUUUUGACGCGCCAGAACAAACACUCAACAUCACGCUGCUGCAGUGCGUCCUCAUGGACCUGUCGAUCAAGGGGAGUGGUGCGCGCGUACACGUGAACGUGACAUCCUCGAUGCUGGAUUCUGGUGCAUUGGAGUUUGAGGGCGAUUUCGGCGUGGGCUCCCAGAUACUGGUGGCGGGCAGUACGCUUGUGACGAUGUCGAACCACGCCAUUCGAUUCCCGAGGUUUACUUUUGGUGCGAACUCGACGCUGCUGCUACUCGACAACCGCAUCGAGGGGAAUCUGUACGCAAUUCAUUUCAGCAUUGCUGCUGUUGUUGAUGGCGGCGGAAUCAUUGUGAAGGGAAAUACGCUGAGUACGAUAGAGAAUGACGGUGAGGAAUCAUCUGUUUGCGUUACUUCUGUUGAUGUGAGGAACGGCGGCCACAUUGACGUGGAAAACAACACGAUGAGCUCGGUCAAUGGCGUUAUUCUUUUUGGGGAUACCGCCGUGAGCUCCGCGGGGCUGCUGCGAGUGGCGGACUGCACCUUCGCUGGCGUGCCUGAUUUUUUUGAUCCUGCGCUUGUGUAUUUGUCUGGCUCGGUGACCCUCGAGGGCGGUGCGCAGUGGCGUGUGGAGGGCAACAACGUAAGUGCCGUCUCAAUAAUAGGUAUGUUGCGUCCCCAGCACAAAAUUCAGCUGUCAGACAGCGGCACUACCGUGGUGCUUGCAAACAACCGUCAGGUGGAGGGAAGUGCAGUCUUUGCCAAACUUCUUCCACCGAACACGAUUGUGGCGUCGCCCGCGCAAUUUGUGGUUGGGUGCAACCUGCAGGGCGGUGAGGAGGUGUCGUACGACGGUGUGUUUCCGGAGGGCGUGGUGGUGCUUAGGUGUGGCACGUGCAGCGACGACGCGGCGUGCUACAUGCCCGGGACGGAGUCGGUGGACCGCGGCUCGUGCUCGUGCAGCUGCAGGGACGGAUGGCAUGGCGCGUCGUGUCUUCCCUUCGAGGUGCCCGACACGGUUGUGCCGCCCUUGCCGGAGAGAGCCGUCGACGGCGACAAGAGCUGCGUGGUGAACCAGACGCUGACGAGACUUAAACUGAAAAUGUGGAAGACGCACCACUGCUACGUGGGUGUGACAUUCAGCGGUGUGGGUGCAGUGCUGACGUUUUCCUUCGACAGUAUGCCGCUGCAUCUCCCCAUCAACAUCACGUUCACUGGGUGCAAAUUCCUUGACGAGGCUGUGCUGCAGUUUGUUGGAGAUGUUGAGGCGGCCGAGUCAGCUGGCGUCCUGAUCCGCGUGAGCCGGACUGUGAUGCGGUCCUCCGCUGUUGCUUUUGCACUUGCCUUCCCGCAGCACUGCGACAUUGCUGUCACGGAGGUUGAUGCGGUGCAGUCUUCUUUUGUUUUUUGGCCGGACACCGUGAAUAAAAUGCUGAGUGUAGUGCUGCUGCACGACGUUGUAUUGAAUGCGUCCUCGCUGCUGGUCAGCAACGUAAAUGCGCAUGCAACGAAGCGUGAUGCGUUUGGUUUGCGCUCCACAGGGACGCUGACGCUGGUGGGUGGCAGCUCGCUGUACGCGCGGUACUGCAGCUUCGAGGAAUACACACACUUUUUUUACUUGGAUAUCCUCAGUGUCAGUGACCACUCCGUUUUUGCGCUGCUCAACAAUACAAUGGCCUCCGGAACGAGCCUAUUGUAUCAGCACUCCCGAUUCAGCGUGUCGGAGCAUAGCGUGUUGCGCGUGAUGGGGAACAGCGGUUCCGUGUCCUACGCCAUCUAUUCACUAAACUCGUGGACCGUCCAGCGAUCAAGCUGGCUGGAUUGGCGCUACAACGACGUGGGUGUGGGUGCGAUGUUCUACGACACUGAGUCCGCUUUUGUGAGCAUUGACGGCGGCAGUGUGGUGACGCUGACGGGCUGCAAGAUGGGCUCGACGGGGUUGUCGGUAUCUCUUCUAUCGCAGGCUGUCGCCGGCUACCGGUUCAUUGCUGGGUGUCUUAUUGUCGCGGGACGGGAGGUGACGACGGCGGCCGAACUGGAGCUCCACGGCAUCAACAACGUGACGACGGUUGCUGCGUGCGGGGAGUGCACGAAGGAGGGCGACUGCUUUGCACCGCUGACGACGGCGGUCAUUGACUGCAAGUGCCAGUGCGCUGCUGGAGGGCACGGCGAUGUGUGCGUCCCGGCGCCUGUGCCUGCUGGCCCGCCGCCACCAACAACACCACCACCAGCAACACCCACGCCGCCCACACCGCCGGUUGGUGAGUGCAUCAGCGACAUGGUGUACCCCGAGGUUAUGCAGGCUGUGGGCAGCGGGCUGUCGUGGCUGUGCUACCGCAACGUGACGUUCAGCGGGGGCGGCAUGAGACUGACGGUGCUGCUUGGGGGGAUGACGGGCGACGUGGCGAAUGUCACGUUCGAUGGAUGCACGUGGAGGGACGGCGCCGUGCUAUUGCUGUUGAGCAACGUGCACACCGCUGUGGGGGCGCUGAACAUUGUUGUCACCGGCAACACGUUCCAUGACGCGCUGCUCAGCCCGGAGGGCGUGUUUCCACCGCGCACGAACAUCACGAUCAGCGGGAACCGCUUCACUGUCACGAGGCUGAUCCCUCGGUUGGGUUUGGUCCUUAGGAAGCCGUCGUGUGUUGCGAUGAAUGGACUGGUGAUCAGCAACGACUCCGCGGUGGUGCUGAGCGGCAAUGUGUUUCAGAUCGUGACGGCGUCGUCAAGCGCCAUUUAUGUUGUCAGAUCUGCGCUGAGGGUGUCGUGGCACUCCGUGUUUGCAGUGAUGGGCAACACGUUUCAUAUGGCUGGCGGUGAUGGUACGCUUAUAUAUUUUGAAGGGAAUAGCCAGUAUUUAUCGCUGAGUGUACUGAACAACUCUGCCGUGGUGAUCCGAGGCAAUCUUGUUUCGAUGCCGGUGAGGUACUUCAUUUUAUUUUUUGGGGCCUCACGUGUGGAGUCCCAAUCCGCGGUUGUGUUUCAGGGCAACGACAUGCAGGGAAGCUCGGCUGUGUUUUAUUCAAGGUACUCCUCCAACAUCUACUACAACUCCUGGCUGCAGUUGAGCGGCAACCUCUGCCGUGAAUCCCCAUUGGAUGCCUUUGCUAUUUUUAGCCCCACGGUGAAUGUCCGCGACUCCACGGUGUCUGUGUCCGGCAACCAAUUCAUGUCCAGCACGGUCACGCCGACGGUGCUGAGGAUACCCAUAAGGCCCCGCGAUAUCACAAACGGAGCGAUUGUGGCCGCGUGCAACACUGUGAACGGCGGUGAGAGAGUGAAAUACAGCAUCCCGUCCGUGUACAAUGCCACUAUCCUGAGCUGCAGCGACCCAUGCGCCCUCGCGGCACCGUGCUUCCCUGCGUACACGACGACGGUCUCGAGUGAUGGCUGCGCCUGCACGUGCGCUGAGGGCGGCCAUGGCGAUGCGUGCCUGCCCGUUGCUGUUCCCGAGCCACCGAGCACCGACGGCGCUGACUUGUGCGUGCGGGACGUGCGUGUGGAUGUGGAGGUGAACGUCAGUUUCGGGACGUCGGUGGCAUGCUACGUUGGCGUGACCUUUGCGGCAGACGUCGUGGUGGACGUGGAGUCGAUGUCAGGGAGCGUGCGCAAAGUGACGCUGGCGGACUGCACGUUUUUGAGCGGAGCGAGCCUGUACGUUGUCGGGUGGCGGUCCGACCCGCCUGCUGGACAGCGCGUCGAUGUGUUGAUCAGCGGGCUUGAGUCGCGCUCCGGCGGCGGGCGUGGUGGUGGCGAACCGAUUCCCGCCGGGCUCGCGCGUCACUGUGGUGGACUCGGUGCUGAUUGCGGGAAAACGCGUUGCGUACCGCGGAGAACACGGCCUUGGCGACGCGUCCGCGUGCCUCGUGCUGCACACGUGA